ACCAAAGAGCUGAUUAAGGACACCAGGAAGGAAAUUGUGGGACCUGCACCAGGCUGGGAAGAGGGAAUCUACAAUAGGCAAACAGUAUAACCAAUGAGGCGGGGGCAUCCAUCUACAGCGUGAGUCCUGAGGCCGUCAAAGAGAUGCCAGACAUGGACCCCAACCUCAGGAGUGCAGUGUCCAUUGGAAGACGUGUCCAAGACCCGCUGGCUGAGCUUGUGAAGAUCGAUCCGAAACACAUCGGCAUUGGAACAUACCAGCAUGAUGUGGCGGCCGGAGCUCUGAAGGCAGCACUGGACGGCGUGGUGCAGGAAUGCGUGAGCUUUGUCGGGGUCGACAUCAACAUCUGCUCUGAGAUACUGAUGAGGCAUAUUUCAGGUUUAAAUGUGAGCAGAGCAAAGAAUAUUGCAGAAUGGAGAGAGCAGAAUGGCCCCUUCAUCAACAGGGAGCAGCUCAAACUGGUAAAAAGCAUGGGACCCAAGACCUACCAGCAGUGUGCCGGCUUCAUCAGAAUCAACCCACAAACUGCACACAGUGCCAAAUCCUCGCCUUACCCUGAAUCAGCAGUGCCAGAGAAACCAGCAGCUAAGAAAGGCAAAGGAAAGUCUUGUGUCAACGUACCCACCUCCUUUAACCCCCUGGACCAGACCUGCAUACACCCCGAGUCCUACGACGUGGCGCACAGAUUUCUGUCCCUCGUGUGUUGGAGUGUAGACCAGAUCGGGAGUGAAGGCCUGCGAGAGCGUGUGGAGAGUAAGGUUAGGACCAGCAGUGUGGAGGAACUAGCCAAGACUUUGGACACCACACCUGAGACCCUGAAACUCAUCAUAGAUGGCCUCUUGCAGCCUCCUGGGUUCGACAUACGUCAAAAUUUUGGGCAGGAGGACUUUAAGCGGGGCAUUGUGUCCAUGAGUGAUCUGCGGGUGGGUGCGGUGCUGACAGGCCGGGUGGACAACACAGCUUUGUUCGGGGCUUUUGUAGAUAUCGGUGUCGGCCGCUCGGGCCUCAUCCACAAGAGCCGCAUCAGGCCGGAGAAACUGCCUGCCAGCCAGCGCAGACGCAGCCUGGCUCUGGGACCUGGGGAACGGGUGGAGGUCCGGGUACUAGAUGUGGACGCUCAGAGGGGAAGAAUUGGCCUGGACCUGAUCCGGGUACUGGAGUAGAAACACUUCACUCCCAUGAUUGAUACCCCAUACUUUAAUUGGAUUGUUACAGGAAAAAAACAAGAGCACAAAGCUCCCAAGAAGCCAAACACUGUAUGACAGUUACAAUGAUAAUAGGUCCAGACAGAUUUUAUAAGCACAUUCGCAGAGCUGAAUAGGCAUUUUAUCAGGCGACCUGUGAAGUACAUUUGUCAGUACUAUAGUAAUGCAAUUUAAUUCUAUAAAUCAAAAGGCUGUUUAGUCAUCAAAAUAGUCCACUCUGAACAGUCUGGGAAAAUAUGAGUAAACUAAACUACAUUUUAACCAACAGACUCCCCCUAAGGUCAUUGUGCAAUGCCCCUAAGGUCAUUGUGUAAUGCAGCACUCUCUCACUUCCGCUGUGUGUCAUUGGGAGCAAUGCUUUUCUUAAAAACAAACGCUACCUUUGUGUCUGCCGAUUUAUUGGCUCACAAUCACCUCACACUGCUGCCCUCAUAUCAUCACAGGAGGCUUUGGUCAUAUGCCUUGAACCCGUGACUAUUUGCACCUUAGUAGAACUGCUGCUGGCUUAAUAUUUUGGCUGCUAUUGUUUAUUUUCUAUUAAAAAAAUAAUAAUAAUACAUUAUUAUUCACUUAUAAUUACUGUUGUUCAAUUUUUUCAAGACUUUGUUUUUGUAAUGUUCCGAGCAGUUUGGAAAGUAUUUAUUUCUUUGUAUGUCAAAGCAGAAUUUCUUUUGACACUUGAACAAUUAACAGAAGGGCUUAACAUGUUACCUCAAGCAGUUCUGAAACUGAUCGGCUUCAUCUAUUAGGAAGGAUUUAAAAUGUGGUUCAUGAGAAAUAAAAACAUUUCCUGUUCAC